AUGGAGGCCGAGAUGUACCAGAUGACACAGCACUUGAAGGCGUAUGCGCACAGCUACGACGAAUCGCUGCAAGACGACGCGGAGCUCAUCAGCAGCGUCGCCGACCGCGCGCAGGCCAACUUGGCCAAGCUCGACUCGGAGAACGCGCGGCUCGAGGUGCAUUUGAACAACGGACUCACGGUUUGCACGCUCGCAGGUCGCGCGAACGUGACGCUCAAGCUCAGCAUCAAGGAAGAUGACGAGGCGGCUAUCAAAGCCCAUGCGCGAGCGACGCGCAUCUCGAUGGAGAUCCUCGAGCGUGACGGGGGCGGCCUUGUCGAAUCGCAUUUUUUCGCUCUUUAA